UUGUCACUACAUUUUUGCAGGGUUUGCGUAGUUUUCUGAUCUACAUCUUAGGUUGUUAUAUGUUCUUUUACAGACGUCGGCAUACUGAUCAAUAAUCAUUUUACACACAUUAAUGGAGGACCUGCAGAUGAAACAAAUAUAUUACGUCGGAUUUUAAUGGUGAGACAAUAUGCCACACAAACUGCUUCCCUGUCUGUAAGGACAAAGUAGGCUUGCAGUAAUUUAGCGUACGUUGAAACGGUGCAGAGAAGCUUUGUCUGUCUUUGGCCAUGGCUUGGUCUAUGGGACAUAGCCAGGAAAAUAUGGGUGAGGAGCUAUUUUUUGUUGGGGUGUCAGGUGUCUCAAAGCAAAUGUAUCCCCCGAACCUCAGAGACACACUUCGCUCAGAACCUGAAGGUGAAAGAAAUCCUGUCAGAAUUCGUCCACCUACUCCCAGGGCUCCACAGCCAAGGCCAGCUGGCCGGAGUCUAUCCUGUGAACCCCCACCUAAACCUAUUAUUCAAAGACGGGCACAGUCUCUACCAUCCACUUCAGAAAGAAAGAAGCUCAACCGCAGAAUUGGGGUCCGGUUUGUGGACUCCCUAGGAAUGGACCUGGAAACUGUGAAGGUUUUCAGAAGCGGAGAAGACCCAUUUGUCCCGGAACAUGUUCUUUUUAGACUUUUAAUGAACGCAGAACUAGCAGCUAGCAAGAGCUUGGAGAUAUCCCUCCCCUAUUUGAAACCAGUGUUCCCUGUGCAGCCUGGCGACUGUUCAAACUUCCUGCAGCGUCUGUGCCGCCAACAAGUCUGCUUAGAACGUGUUUUGUGCUAUGAGCCAGGCAUAAUUGGGAUUGUCCUAGUCCUAAAUCUGGCUUUUGAAAAAGAAGUUACUGUGCGCUACUCUUUCACAAACUGGAAGAGUUGCACAGAAACCAAGGCCCACUGGAUUGCUAAUAAAUACAUGGAAGGCAUUUCCAGUGGAUACAGCUGUGACAGUUUCCGAUUCCAUCUUCCUGUUCCUCCAUUCAUCCUACACCCUGGUGCAGUCCUAGAAUUUGCAAUCUGUUAUAAAGUGCAGGGCAGUCAGUUCUGGGACAAUAAUGAGGGACAAAAUUACAAGUUAGUCUGCCAGAGCUAUAACCUACCUGUUCCGAGAGAAUGUGAGGACAGCAUGAUACACUUCAUUUGAACCAUUUGCAUAACUGUAUAUAUAUUUUAACAUUGAAAACAAUGGGUUUUGGGGUUUUUUGCACUACUUUCUCAAGCACUUGUUAUGAUAGUAGGCCUUGAUAAUAGUGUCCUAAAAGGAUUCAGGACUUUGGCAAAUUAAAAUAAACAAUGAGACAAGCUUUGGAAUAAUUUUCUUACAAUACAGCAGUAUACCCAAGGUGAAUAUGUACCUCUACUUUUACAUUAUUAACCAGCAAUGUACAGAACAUAGCCAAGCAGUGCCAUCUUUUUUUUUAAAUCUUGCCUCUAAACGGAGAAUGCAUAAGAUUUCUGUUUAUGCCAACUGAUCUUAUAUAUCUUUAUUUAUAAGAACUUGUUUGGCUUUGCAGACACUGAAAGUAUAGUAGCUAAAAUGUUCAUUAAUUACUGUCAGCAUUUGCCAAAUCUUGUGAAUAACAACGUGCCUCUGACAUUCUCGGUGUUUAUUUUCAAUAAAAUGUCACAUUAAGU